GCAUCGCUACGAUCUGAAGACAUCAUUGAUAGCAAAAAUCCUCAUAAAUUUGCCCUUCUGAAGUUGGUUGUGACGAUAUAUCCCAUUACAAUUUUAGUCGGACUUGAUGCUGCGGGAAAAACAACUAUUCUUUACAAACUGAAACUGGGUGAGGUCGUUACUACUAUUCCUACAAUCGGAUUCAAUGUUGAGUCCGUCGAGUACCAUAAUCUCAACUUUACCGUUUGGGAUGUGGGUGGACAGGACAAGAUUCGCCCUCUUUGGCGACAUUAUUUCCAAAACACUCAGGGACUUAUCUUCGUUGUGGAUAGUAAUGACCGUGACCGGAUCGGAGAGGCUGCAGAGGAGCUUCAGAAGAUGCUAUCCGAAGAGGAUCUUGCCAAUGCCGCUGUCCUCGUCUUCGCUAACAAACAGGACCUACCAAACGCUAUGCCCACAACUGAGGUCACUGACAAAUUGAGGUUGCACACCCUGCGUGGUCGGGAAUGGUACAUUCAGAGUUCCUGUGCAACAACGGGUGAAGGUCUCUAUGAGGGAAUGGACUGGCUGUCAAAGGUUCUCAAGUCUUAG